AGCGGCUCACCCCGGCCAUCCUUGCAGGUGGGAGUCGAGAGCAUCUCCAAGCACCCAAGCCAUGGUGGCCAAACAGCGGAUCCGGAUGGCUAACGAGAAGCACAGCAAAAACAUCACCCAGAGGGGAAACGUAGCCAAAACCCUGAGGCCACAAGAAGAGAAAUAUCCUGUUGGGCCAUGGCUGCUGGCGCUGUUUGUUUUUGUUGUCUGUGGCUCAGACUUGAAUCCACCAUGUUUGCAGGUUGACCACAUAAAUACUGGCUUUUCCUGGAGACUGGCAGAACGUUCUGGAAACUGUCCCCAGAAGGAGUCACCCCCAGAGAGCAUCCUGAGGUGCGUGAGAACCGGACACCCCCAGAGGAUCAAGAUGGACAGUCUGGAGGAGACAUCUCCGCAGCCAUCAGCUCUCCCAAGCUAUCUUCCAGAUCAUACAGAGCAUAAGGAUGGGCAUGUAAGAAAGCCAGGGCGUUGGCUGCUGCUGCCCUGCUGCUGGCAGGUGGAGGGCCACGGAGAUCAGCAGGUCUACAGCAAGCGAACGAGCCGCGGGCAAUAGAAAGGAGGUCCCCUGUUACUCCCUCCCACUCCAUGGUGGAGGUUUGACCAAAUUGCCUUCGCACAGGACAUCUCCCUGCAUCUGUGUCCUCUAGUGGAAAGGACUCUGCUCUUGCCAGCCCGACUGGAAGCCCCAUUGUGGGGGUGGCUGUAAUGCUCCCUGUCCGGUUCCCCGGGUUUCACUGUGGUGUGCAUGUGGCCCUCUGAGCGACUGCCCAUUUACAUCCUGCCAAUACGGUCUCUUCUCUGUCAGGAAUUGGUUUUACAAAUAAAUGUCUUCAUUCAACCUUAA